CGCCGUCCCCGUGCUUCUUAUGGAGAACUUGAGGCUUCUUUUUUUUCCAUUUUCAUGUCGAAAUUCCUCCGGUUCGUUCGAUCGGGAGGGUUCGCGCGUAACUGAAUUGAGGUUCGAAUCUGAUUUUUGUCGUCUUGUCGCUGAGUGAGGGGAGUGAAGUGGUGAUGUUCCGGUUAGAUCUCGCGAGUUAGCUAAUGAGUAUUUGCUUUUUGUUUUUCGAGGCGCGCGGAUUUGUUUUCAAGUUUGUCGCGGUAGUAGAGAUUGAGUAUGAGUUCGAUAAGAGAGGAACGGCUGUGUGUCAUUUGUGACUUUGUGGAAGAUGAGCGUAAUGAUUGGAUUUUAGGUGUGGCGGAGGUUCAUGAGCUUGUAGCAUUCUAACUUGUAAAUUUUCUCUCGUUCGUGACUCUGAGCUUUGACUUCAUUUUAAGGUUCGUGUUCCUGAGGUACUACCUCGUCCUUCAAUAUUUGCACCACAAUUUACAGAAAGCUGAGCUCGAUUUCGUGUGGUUUGGUGAUUUGACUUUGUAGUUUGGUAUGAAACUAGAAAGGCAAUAAAUGCUAUUUCUCGAAUAGGAUGCAGUUAGAUGCAAGAAAUUUUGGUGUCCGUCAGCUAUAGAUGCGUGUGUGGUGAUUAUCUUUGUGACAUUGAACUUGAUGUUUGUGCCAGGAUAUGCUUUGCAGUUUCUUCAACAUAAUUGGUGAUCCAUCCAAAGGAUUCUUCUGUUAUGCUCAGGGCUAUACCACCCACUUCUUUUGUGUGGCAUCCUUUCUUUGGACAACAGUAAUUGCAUUUACUCUUCACCGAACGGUUGUUAGACACAAAACGGAUGUUGAAGAUUUGGAGGCUAUGUUUCACUUGUAUGUAUGGGGCACAUCCCUGGUUAUGACCAUCAUACGCUCUAUUGGCAAUGAUCACGGGGAUUUAGGUGCAUGGUGUUGGUCACAAACGGGGCGCACAGGAAAGGCAGUCCACUUCAUAACGUUUUAUGCGCCACUCUGGGGAGCAAUCCUUUAUAAUGGUUUUUCAUACUUUCAAGUGAUACGCAUGUUAAACAAUGCCACACGUAUGGCAGUUGGCAUGUCAGAUCGAGCAUACCACUCAGAUGCAAGACCUGAUAUGAAGGCUUUGAACAGGUGGGGAUACUAUCCGCUCAUUCUGAUAGGAUCGUGGACCUUUGGUACAAUCAAUCGGAUACAUGACUUCACUGAACCUGGACAUAAGAUCUUUUGGCUGUCUCUUCUUGAUGUUGGCACUGCUGCUCUGAUGGGCCUGUUCAACUCAAUAGCAUAUGGCCUGAAUUCUUCGGUGCGACGGGCGAUUCGCGAGAGAUUGGAUCUAGUAAUCUGGCCAGAGAUGAUUAGGCCAUGGUUGCCUAACAGUUCAAGGAUCAGAAACCAACAGCAAGAGAGUGAACUGGUGUCAUUGAAAAUCCAAGAUCCGCACUGACGAUUUCAAGACUAUUCCAUUUUCUUCGGCAAUGGAUUGAGUAAGCUGCGAAGCUACCGCAUUUGACACCCCAUCAGACUGAUUCGAAGGUCCAGUAGAUGUUCACGGGACAGACCUUUUCUUUUCUUUUUUUCAAUCGAACACCUAGUAAUUUUUUUGUGAAGAAGGGGUGGCGUCGGCUAUUAGCAACCGUUUAGUUGCAAUAUUGUAUAUUAGGAAGGUACAAGCCCUUUUUGCGAUCGUGAUUCCUUCCGCUAGGGACUUGGGUUUCGGUUCCCCGUUUUGUAGGUCGAUUUGUACAGUAUUCUCUCCUCUCACCAUCUGUUCCGAUCAUAUUCUUUCCACAACAGACUUGAUCCCUGAUUAGAGUAACUUCUUCCAAAUCCGUCUAACGACCGUUGUUUCUGUCGGAGUCCCAUGUUCUUUUUUUCCCCUU